UGUUGGGAGGAGGCGGCUAAGUGGCGUGGUGGAGUUAGGUUGUAAAAAAAAAAAAGGGAGAGAAUGAUUGAAUGGGAAAGUUUUCUGCUAUUAGUGGAGAGUACUUGUGUGCCACUCCCACCCCCGUCCUCCUCCACCCACGUCCUCAAUAUCCAGACUGCUCUGCAACAUCUCCCUCCUUCGCUGGCGAGCACAGUAGAGGAGAAGAAACAUCUCAGCCUCUCUCUCAUCUUCGUCAUCGUCACUGUGCUCAAAUACAACAAACAGCAAAAAAACACAGGAUUGUCGGCAUGAAACACUUGUGAAACAAACUUUAUCCUCAUCACUACUGCUGCCAUCAUCAUCAUCAUUGUGUUUGUCUUCAUCAUCCUUAUCAUCACCGUCAUCAUCAUCCCGAGCUGUCUUCGUCUUUAACGUGAUCUAACCAUGUAUUUGGAGAACAAAAACAACCUGGAGAUUGAGAUGUCUCAGACGUCGGCCCAAGGCCAUCAGGGCAGGAACAGCCUGAGGUCACCGGAGGCUGUCGCAGGAAACUUUGGGGAGCUGCGUCUGCUGCAGGGCAUCUCGGAGAGGAGAGACACCCAGAAGCUGCAGCAGUCUGCAGUGCUGCCCUCAGGACAGUGUGUCAUCCAUACGGAGGGCUUCGUCCCUGUUCGACAAGAGGAUGGGCACAAUUUCAGCGUGGUUAAUAUUCUCAGAGGGAAAACUAAUUCAGCCAACCUCACGGAAAGGUCGCCUCUGCUGAGAUUCUCUCAAGAUGACAGUAUAACCUACAUGACCCUACAUGACCCAAGCUUUGUUGGAGGGGAAGAACCCUGGGACAACAGCGGCCUGGAUCUGGAGAAGAGGUAUCGACUGGGCAGCGAGGUCACCAGCUUGUCCCUGUCCCGCUCCAGCUCCUCGGAGAAGAACGACCCUCUGGACAACCUCAACCUCAGCUUCAGACUCACCAGCAGUAUGAGAUGCUGCUUCAGAUACGCCAAAAUUGCCACGAUGUUUACCAUCGUCGUUCUCUGCAGUUUAUUCUUCAGCAUGUAUCCAGAUCGAGACAACCCCUGGAGGAUGUUGGCAGUCUCUUCAACAGACAGUUUCUCGAUGAACUUGACAGAUUUUCGAGACAACGCUUUGCUGAAGCUCCAGGUUGGAGGGCCUUUCACAGGAGGGAUGAUCGACCUCACCAACCAGGAGUACAUCCUGAUCCAGGUGGAGCAGACCGAGCAGGCGGGACAACGGAGGAGGAGGACGCAACAGGUGAUCCAUAAUUGGACCAUUCCUCUGCAUGGUGAACGGAGUGACCAGAUACUGAUGACUAAAACAUUCGAGAUGCUCAGCAGUGACCCCAUCGUCAUCACGGUUCAGGCCUUCCUGCAGGAUAAUGAGGUGGUACCGUUAUCCAUGACCCACCAGUCUCUCUACGUCAAUGUGGAGACACAGGUGGCCAUCGCUGGAAUCAUCCUGACUGGGGUCUAUGUUCUCAUCAUCUUCGAGAUUGUGCACCGCACUCUGGCAGCCAUGCUGGGAUCAUUGGCAGCAUUAGCAGCUCUGGCUAUCAUCGGUGAUCGGCCCAGUCUAGUUACUGUGGUGGAGUGGAUCGACUACGAGACACUGGCUCUUCUGUUUGGCAUGAUGGUGCUGGUGGCCAUUUUUUCAGAGACUGGCUUCUUUGAUUAUUGUGCUGUGAAGGCUUACCAAUUAUCCAGAGGACGAGUGUGGCCAAUGAUCAUCAUCCUCUGUCUCAUCGCCGCCAUUCUCUCCGCUUUUCUGGACAAUGUGACCACGAUGAUGCUUUUCACCCCUGUCACCAUAAGGUUGUGUGAGGUGCUUAAUCUAGACCCCAGACAUGUCCUGAUUGCAGAAGUAAUCUUCACCAACAUCGGAGGGGCUGCCACAGCUGUCGGAGAUCCACCCAAUGUGAUUAUAGUAUCAAAUCAGGACCUGCGCAAAGAAGGGAUUGAUUUCGCCAGUUUCACAGGAUACAUGUUCCUUGGAAUAUGCCUCGUCCUUUUCACCUCAUUUCCUUUCCUGCGGAUGCUCUACUGGAACAAAAAACUCUACAACAAAGAGUCCAUUGAAAUAGUUGAGCUCAAGCAUGAGAUCUUGGUUUGGAGGCAGACGGCUCAGCGUAUUAACCCUGCCAGCAGAGAGGAGACAGCUGUGAAAUGCCUCCUGAUGCAAAAAGUGCUCAACCUGGAAAGUCUGCUCCGCAAGAUGAUGAAAACCUUCCAAAGACAAAUUUCUCAAGAGGAUAAGAACUGGGAGCAAAACAUUCAAGAAUUGCAAAAGAAGCACAGAAUAACCGACAAGGUUCUCUUGGUGAAAUGCGUGUCCGUCCUUGCCGUGGUGAUCUUCAUGUUCUUUGUCAACUCCUUCGUCCCCAGCAUUCAUCUCGAUCUCGGUUGGAUCGCCAUCCUGGGUGCACUUUGGCUUUUGGUUCUGGCUGACAUCCAGGAUUUUGAGAUCAUCUUGCACCGCGUGGAGUGGGCCACAUUGCUUUUCUUCGCUGGCCUCUUCGUUUUGAUGGAGGCUUUAGCUCAGCUGCAGCUUAUCGACUACAUUGGAGAACAGACAGCGCUGCUUAUAAAAGCGGUGCCAGAGGACCAGCGCUUGGCUAUAGCCAUUAUCUUGGUGAUGUGGGUCUCGGCUCUGGCCUCAUCUCUCAUUGACAACAUUCCCUUCACUGCAACCAUGAUUCCAGUUCUCAUCAACCUCAGUCAGGAUGCAGAUGUGAACCUGCCAGUAAAACCUCUCAUCUUUGCCUUAGCCAUGGGAGCCUGUCUUGGUGGGAAUGGCACAUUGAUAGGAGCAUCAGCCAACGUUGUGUGCGCAGGAAUUGCUGAGCAACACGGCUACGGCUUUUCCUUCAUGGAGUUCUUCAGGUUAGGAUUCCCCAUGAUGAUAAUGACUUGUAUGAUCGGCAUGUGCUACCUGCUGGCCACCCACAUCGGACUGGGAUGGAACCUGUAAUCCACAACAUGUGUACGGAGCCAAAGACACAGUGUACAUGUGUGUGUUUUACCGCUCUAAGCAUUCAGCUCACUGUAAUGUGAUACGUAAUCUGAUUGACUGGUCAGAUUACAGGCACUAUAUAAAGCACACAGCCGUAUUUUGGAAAAUGCUUUUGAUGAAAGGAGCUUUGACCAAAACGCUGAAUCUAUCAUCCGACGUGAGUACGAUGCAUUACUUCUUGGUGACCGUUCCACCUUCACAGGGUUGAGUUUUCCAACUUUGUCAAGAACCUUUUUGUCGUCAGCAAAUAAUCAAGCCAAGGGAAGGAAAUGUGUCUUUACUGGUCCCACUCCAUAAGGGUACAUUCACAGAGGAUCCGGUGCUACGACGAAAAUGCAGGAUUUUCCAUUAAUUUGAGUCGGGGUAGUGCGUCUUGGCUGGGGCGGUGCAGGACGCAGGGCCGGAGAACUUGAGCUGGAUCCAACUUUUGGAAAAAUGCAGCCUGCCAAUCAGAUGCUCAGACCACAAACCUCCACAGUGAGCCUGAAAUGUCUCUGAAACUGAGACUAUCCAGGUGGAUUCAUGGACUAAACUCUGAUACUCUAUCUGUUGUGUUUUGGCUUUGUUUAUUUCAUGUACCCAGCUUCUAAAUAUGUGUCUGGUUCGCAGUUUACACUGAAAAAUACUGUAGUGACAUGAAGUUUAAUUUGGUUUGAGAGAGAGAGAAAGAGGGAGAGAGAGAGAAAGAUUGCAGUGGUCGAGAGACAUAGACAGUGAAUGAAAGUGAGCGAGCACCGGCAUCAAUAAAGCCGGUUAAUCAGCUGAACGUUACACGCUAAAAGUUACAUUCAGCACAAAUAGACACACCCACACACUGCCCCACGACCCUGCAGCCAUGUGCUGCCGUGCCUGAUCCUGUCUGAAUGUACCCUAAUGCUGUUCAUGGUGCUAUUGCCUCAAUGGGUGUAACUGGCAUAUGUGAUGUCAGACUGUUUGGAAAUCUAUGUCUGUUUUUUGUUUUUUCUAUUUAAAAAAAAGACUUCUCUCGAUAUGUAUCACACUGAUUUGUCUUUAAAGUUCAGGACACUGAUUAAUUUGUUUUAGGCACUUCACCCACAGUUUACCAAAUUUAUGUUGUAUAAUAUUUUAAAUACCCAGUGAAAGGGAUUUUAUAACUGUUAAUGUCUAAUAUUUUUGUCAGCUGCCUAAAUGAAUCUGAAAAAAACAAACACAGCAUCAGCUGAAUCGGAAAUUAGCAGAAUGAUUAAAUUUACAUUAAACAUAUAUCUAUUGUACUGUGUAAACAACGAUCACAUUUAAACUAAAUGAUUUAGUUCAGUUAACCGUAUUUAAUGUAGAAAAUGUUUAAUCAUGUAAAUGCUCUUACAUGGAAUGGACAACAUCUUUGUACCUUAUCCAGCUGAAACUAUAUCACCUGUAUUUAUUGUACGGCCCGACAACUUGAACGUCAUCUUUAUCUUUCAGAACAUUCAGACACAGAUCAGUUUGAACAAUAAAGGUUGUGAUGUUUCUCAUUUU